GCCGCGGACCGGGCAUGGGCCGGCGGGCGGCGGUGCAGGGCGGCUGAGGGCGGCGCACCGCGCACGGGGCCCGCAGAGCGGCCACUCGCAGCCCGGACCCAGCUCGUGGCGGCGGACAGGCGGCGGCGCGGGGCCGAGCGGCGGGGGUCGCUGUCCGGGCGCGAUGCGCUGAGCCAGCCGAGGGGGCACAGCGCCGGGCUUGUCGGCGGCGCGGGGGCCGGUCCCAUGGAGCCGACCUGGCGGCCACCCUCGCCGACGCCGCCGCCGCCGCCGCCGCUGCUGCUGCUGCUGCCGCUGCUCCUGCAGGUGGCGGGGCCGGCGGGUUGCCUGGCCGAGACGCUGCUGGACGCGUCUCGCGCCGUGGGCAGCAGCUCCAGCCCUCCCAGCCCCGCCAGCGUGGUGGCCCCGGGGACGACCCCGUCCGAAGAGACCCGCUUGCCGGUGUUCACCCUGGACUACCCGCACGUGCAGAUCCCCUUCGAGAUCACGCUGUGGAUCCUGCUGGCCUCGCUGGCCAAGAUCGGCUUUCACCUCUAUCACAAGCUGCCCACCAUCGUUCCUGAGAGCUGCCUCCUCAUCAUGGUGGGCCUUCUGCUGGGUGGGAUCAUUUUUGGAGUUGAUGAGAAGUCCCCACCUGCCAUGAAGACUGACGUGUUUUUCCUGUAUCUCCUCCCACCCAUUGUGCUGGAUGCGGGUUACUUCAUGCCCACUCGGCCCUUCUUUGAGAACAUUGGUACCAUUUUCUGGUAUGCCGUGGUGGGGACACUUUGGAACUCUAUUGGCAUUGGGGUCUCCCUGUUUGGUAUCUGCCAGAUCGAAGCCUUUGGUCUGAGUGACAUCACACUGCUGCAGAAUCUGCUCUUUGGCAGCCUGAUCUCCGCCGUAGACCCAGUGGCUGUGCUGGCCGUCUUUGAGAACAUUCACGUCAAUGAGCAGCUCUACAUCCUGGUCUUUGGGGAGUCCCUACUCAAUGAUGCAGUGACCGUGGUCCUAUACAACUUGUUCAAGUCUUUUUGCCAGAUGAAAACCAUUGAGACCAUUGACGUGUUUGCUGGAAUUGCUAACUUCUUUGUUGUGGGAAUUGGUGGGGUGUUGAUUGGCAUCUUCCUGGGAUUUAUAGCAGCAUUUACAACUCGAUUCACACAUAACAUCCGAGUGAUUGAGCCACUCUUUGUCUUCCUGUACAGUUACUUGUCCUAUAUCACAGCCGAAAUGUUUCACCUCUCAGGCAUUAUGGCAAUCACUGCUUGUGCGAUGACUAUGAAUAAGUAUGUAGAGGAAAAUGUGUCUCAGAAAUCCUACACAACCAUCAAGUACUUCAUGAAGAUGCUGAGUAGUGUCAGCGAGACCCUGAUCUUCAUCUUCAUGGGCGUGUCCACUGUUGGGAAGAACCACGAGUGGAACUGGGCCUUCGUCUGCUUCACUCUGGUCUUCUGUCUGAUCUGGAGAGCGCUGGGUGUCUUUGUACUGACACAGGUCAUUAACUGGUUCCGGACCAUCCCCCUGACUUUUAAGGAUCAGUUCAUCAUUGCCUAUGGAGGCCUCCGGGGUGCUAUCUGCUUUGCUCUGGUCUUUCUCCUCCCUGCUGCUGUAUUUCCUCGGAAGAAGCUGUUCAUCACGGCUGCAAUUGUGGUCAUCUUCUUCACUGUUUUCAUCCUGGGGAUCACCAUCCGACCACUGGUGGAGUUUCUCGAUGUAAAGAGGUCCAACAAAAAGCACCAAGCUGUCAGUGAGGAGAUCCACUGUCGGUUUUUUGAUCAUGUGAAGACUGGAAUUGAAGAUGUUUGUGGGCACUGGGGUCACAACUUUUGGAGAGACAAGUUUAAGAAGUUUGAUGAUAAAUAUCUUCGGAAGCUUUUGAUUAGAGAAAACCAACCCAAGUCAAGCAUUGUGUCCUUAUAUAAGAAACUUGAAAUAAAACAUGCCAUCGAGAUGGCAGAGACUGGGCUGAUAAGCACAGUACCUUCUUUUGUAUCUCUAAAUGACUGUCGUGAAGAAAAAUUAAGGAAGCUUACCCCUGGAGAAAUGGAUGAAAUUCGUGAAAUACUAUCAAGAAAUCUCUAUCAAAUACGUCAGCGAACUCUGUCCUACAACCGACACAAUCUGACCGCAGACACUAGUGAGAGACAAGCCAAGGAGAUUCUGAUCCGCCGCAGGCACAGUCUUCGAGAAAGCAUCAGGAAGGACAGCAGCUUGAACCGGGAGCGCAGGGCUUCUACUUCGACCUCUCGAUAUUUAUCUUUACCAAAAAAUACAAAGCUUCCAGAAAAGCUACAAAAGAAAAACACUAUUUCUAAUGCAGGUGGAAACAGUAGUGACUCCGACACAGAUGCUUCCACCACGGUCCUCAACCUGCAGCCUCGAGCACGGCGCUUCUUGCAGGAACAGUUCUCCAAGAAAGCCCCCCAGACCUAUAAAAUGGAAUGGAAGAACGAGAUGGAUGUCGAUUCUGGCCCAGGGCAGCCCUGCACACCUCCUGUGUCUCUAAGCAAAGAUGGGGGCACCCAGACCCCAGGGGUGCUUCGGCAACCACUCCUCUCCAAAGGCCAGCCGGGCCUGGUGCUGGGAGACAACGGGACUGGAGGCCCAGGGCCCAGGCCACCACCCAGGCUGGUCAGAAGGGCCUCGGAACCUGGGAACCGCAAGGGCCGCUUUGGAAGUGAGAAGCCUUAGUGGAAGCCAUCAGGGUAACCUGAGGCCACCCCUCCCUGUCCACUGUAGCUGCUGACCCGAAACUCUGACACCAGCAGGGAACCCAUGUAAAAUCCAUCUAAGCACAUUCCGUGGGUGACAGGAUCUUGCCACUGGUCAUCGGGAUGAAUGCAUCUUUCAAGAAGAGGAAAAUCAAAGGUGGGGGGGAAAGCUCCAUAAAUGUCUUUUUAAAUUUUUUAAGUGGCUAGUUACAAGCGGUUUUGUUCUUUGCAAGUCUAGAGGGGAAUUAAAUUAAAAAAACACAAAAGUGUGCCUUUAUUGAACCUGAAGGACAGAACUUGAAAUUUUUAACACACCCUUGAAGGUGAAGAUUUUAAUAUAUAUACAUACAUGCCUCAAGUUUUAUUUAUGAAGAAAUAUGUAUAUGUCAUGUGUUUGCCAGUGAAUGACACUAAAGAUGCUCAGAACAUCUCCUCACGUGGCACUUGUGGGGACCCCGCCAUCUCCCACAGGGCAGUUCUCAUUCUCACCUCUGUCGUCCAUGGGCACGGAGGUGUUCUGCAGAUAACUGGGACUCAAUCAGGGAGACACCUAGAGGCUGGGCUGGGGCUGGGGCUGGGGCCUGAACUCUCCCUCUGCAACCAGGAGAACCAGCUGACUUUGGGUUCUCACUCCACCAUGUGUUGGGAUUGAGAGACCCCGUGUCCCAUUUCUGUGUCCGUAAUACAGAGAGGAUAGAUGCGGGGAGGCAACCAGCCUGCAAAGUCUGAUAGUUGUGGGGACUGCUUGUGAUGACGGAACACCCCUGUGAUCUUGUGCCAUGUGGGGAGAUGGGGCAGGGCCUGUUCUCAACCUGUUGGUCAUUUUUUAUUGUGCAAUACCGGGAGAAGAUUCCCCUGCCUGCCUACCUGUGACCACCUACUUUAGGAUUUUUCUGAAGAAUUUUCUAGAAUUUUGUAUCCAAGUCAGAAGCUCCAAGCAGACAAGGAUGACAGCUAAACUCCAUGGGUAUACUCCAAUGUUUUAUAAACUGGGGGAGAUUUCAGGUUUUGAAUUUUAUUCAGGAAGCACUUUGGAGAAUGGAGAGUCCUAUGUUUAUUUUGCACAAGUCGGUGAUUUGUUACCUCUCCCCUCAAUAAAAUAAUAACUCAAAUUCUCCAUAAAAUGAUUUCUACUCACCUCAAUACUGGUUUUUAAAGUACAGCAGAAGACAAAAAGCAGAGCAUAAGCAUUAAAGGUUAUUUGAAUUCCUGUCUGUUAAACUGAAAAUGUUAUUUGGUCUGUUAUUUUUUUCUGAGGGAAAAAAAAUAUCUUUGAAACUUGACUGGAACAGAACUCUCAACUUCUGGGUUUAGGUAUGAGAUAAAGCCACUCACGGAGUGCCUUAAUCAUUACAGAAAAUCUUAAUCAUUACAGAAAAGAUUACAAGUGAAGAGUGUUACUGAAUGGCAAAAUGUGAAUAAGUUAAACAGAAAGAUAUAGGUAGGACUUAAAAAUUCUGGGUGGUGGCUCUCAUUGUCCCCUUCCACUAUCCACACUGAUGGGGAGAAGAAAUCUACAAUUUUUUUCUUAUGUUCCAAAAAUCUGAAUGCUUCAAGAUUAUUGGAUGUGAAGACCAAGGGAGGGAAAGACAGGUACAAGUUCACGAAGAACAUUAUUUAUUUUGCAAAUUCUCCUACAUUGACCAGUGAAAAGCAGUGUAAACUUGAUUUGAAAAAUUCAAGUUCUGGACUCUGUGCCAUAAAAAUAAAAUAUUUAUUGUAAAUGCAAAUUAUUUAUAUAAAGAAUUCAAAUGUCACCUGCUGAAAAUAAAAAAAGUAAACUCACUUUUAAAAUUUUGUAAUAGAAAUGAGUCACCAAGAUGUGUGAUAUGUAUUUUUGAGAAUGUUGAGAGUAAUUUUAAAUUUUAAUUUAUGAAAUCUGAAAAGAAAGGUAUAAGUGGAAAAUGAAUUUAAAAUAAAUUUCCUUAUUUUUCCUGGUUUCUAUAUUAAUAUGUUAUGUCUAUCUAUCUAGAACCAAAAGAGAAAAUACAAAAAUGUUAUAUCAUUUCUUGUUAAACAUGUAGACAAAAUUGGACUUUCAUCAGCUAACAGUCACAUAAAGAAUUUGGAUGGCAUAAAGUCAGAGAAAGUUGGUAUACAUUUCAAAAAAUGGAUGCUUAUGUCAAUUUAUUUUUAUUAUAAUUGUAAUUUUUUCUUCGUCGAAUGACAGAAGCAAUGAAAAUAAAUUUGAUUUCCUUUAA